AUGUUCGGCCCGGCCCUGCCGCACCAUGGCGGCGGCCGCUUCAGCAUUAGCUCCUCGGCCUCCUCCCACACCUCGCCCUCGUCGAGUGAAUCCCCGAGACAAACGCCCACCUUCAGUUUGAGUCUGUCUUACGUUUCCGAGAGCCCCUCCGACGAGAUCGUCCCCAAGAUCGAGGAGCUCGACGACGAUGCCGAGGAGCACAAGCUAUUGCCUAUCGUGGAGCAGCCGCUGCCCUCGCCCGACGCCGCCAACGGCGCCGUGGUGAAACGUCCCCGAGGCAGGCCCCGGAAACACCCUAUCACGUCUCCCACAGCCAUGUCGAAACCGCCCAAGGGUCGCUCCAAAACCGGAUGCAUAACGUGUAGAAGGAGGAAGAAGAAGUGCGACGAGACGAAGCCGCAUUGUAUCCACUGCCAAAAGAACAACGUCCACUGCGAAGGAUAUCCGCCCAAGGAGUACUGGAAGAGCGGCAAACAGAGGACCACCCUGGUCCGCCGGACCAGCGUCGAGUCUCCGCGCGAUCUGCCCCUCCUUAUCGAGGGCGUCGAGUGCGACUUGGACCGCCACUUUUUGAAUCACUUCCACUACAACGUGAGUAGGGUCCUGAGUCUAUUCACCGACCAGCAGAACCCCUUCAAAGAGCUCUUGUUGCCCAUGGCAAUGAGGCAUAAGGGUCUCAUGCACUCGUUGCUGUGUCUUUCUGGCUCUCAUUUGGCUUCCCGGGAAGCCAACGAGGCAUUUGAAGACAGGCAACAUCACCACUUUCAAGCCGCCGUGACGAAUCUCACUGCAGACAAAGGCAUGCAAAGACACAUAGCUGGAGAUGAAACGGCUAUUAUCGAGGACCCGACCGUUGCACAAACCCUGGUUUUGUGCCUAAAAUCCAUCUGCGCUGGCGAAGUCAACGGAUCAUAUAGGCCACAUAUGGACGCUGCAAGACACCUGAUCCGGACCCAGCAUUCCCCGAACGAAGAGUUCCAAAAUUUCCUCGUCGAGUUCUUCAUCUACCACGACGUGGCCAACUCGGUCACGUCCCUGGACCGGAAAAGCAUCCUCAUGAUGGAAGACUUCCAACUCCCGCAGUUCAUGAUCCAGCCGGCCGCAGCCACACUGCUCGGCGUCGUGGACGGCCUGUUUGGCUACAUUUCCAAGAUCCGGCAGCUGCGGGAUCGGAUCAGGUAUAGGAGGCAAAACAAUCUCAAACCGCACGUGGACUACGAGAUUCUCAGCGACGCACAGAUAAUCGAUUCGGCGCUGCGCAGCUGGGUAUGCGCGCAGGAGCCGGACUCGCCGCGCUGGAUCGCGUCGAUGCUGUACCGACAGUGCACCUGGCUGUACCUGCACCGGACGAUCUUGCCCUCGACGCCCAACGAAAACCUACGACUAGGAGUGAACGAGGGGCUCGAAUAUCUGCAGCUGCUGCCGCACGACUCGUACACGCAGAGCAUAUUGUUGAUGCCGCUGUUCCUGCUGGGCUGCUCAGCAUUCGACGAGGAGCAGCGCCCCGCCAUCAUCGACGCGUUUGACGGCCUGCAGAACUACUCGGCGCUGGGCAACAUCAAGUACGCGCGCGAGAUUGUGGAGACGGUGUGGCGGAUGAUGGAUGCCGGAGACGAGGAGUCUUGGGACUGGGAGACCAUCAUCGUGAACAAGGGCUGGGACUUCCUGGUCACUUGA